UGACCAUGACAAUUCUAUUUUUGCUAGGCUGUUUUUUGCCUCUACUUUCUGCAACAGUUGUUCUAGAUUUUAAUCACAUUGAGAGAUGUAAGGACUCCCUGUACAUGGGGACUCCACCGAGGGGCUUCACCGACAACAACCUGAAGAGGAUCUGCCAACGUUACGCCGACAGACCUCGCUAUGUGACCCUGUACGACCCCCAGAAGAGGAUUCCCGUUUACUCAGCUUAUACAUUCAAGAAAACAGAGGGAGACAGGCGUGUGGACUACCCAUGGAUGUUUGAGCCACAGCUGGCAGAAACUGACGGGAAUGGAAACAUGCAGCCCUUCCCCACCGGCUACCUGCACAUGAAGUUCGAGGACAGCCAGGCCGUCCUGGACGACUACUCUGACGUGGUCCUGUAUGAGAGGGGUCACCUGAACCCGGACCAGCACCAAUCCACGCCACACGACCGGGCCGCCACCUACACUCUGACCAACGUGGUCCCGCAGAUCCGCGAGUUCAACAUCGGGCCAUGGCGCCAGUACGAGGAGCGGAUCAGACUCCGCCUCAACAACUUCUGCCGCGGCGUGGCCUACAUCGUGACCGGAGUAACCACCAGGGGCAACAUGAUCCGCAGGAACAACCAGGACCGGGUGGCCAUCCCCGAAGAUGUGUGGUCCGCCUACUGCUGCCCAGACUAUGACCGCAACUCCCCGAGUGAUGUCCGCAUUCGCUUCCCUACCUACGCGGUCCUGGCCAAGAAUGCCAAAGAAGGAAACAGCGUCCACGAGAUGCCGCUCAUGGAACUUGAGAUCUUCCUGAAAAGUAAUUUGGAUGUUGACCAGAACCUCCAGAUCUUCUAUGACAACUGCAUCUCCCCUUCACCCCUCCCUCUGUACCUGCAACACACUAUUUAAAAGCUCUAUGGGUUGGGUUGGAUAAAUUACACAGAAAAAACAGAAACUCUGACUUUAAUUAAAUGUA